AAGAAGUUUGUAUGUUCAAGCCAAACGCACGGCCGAUUUCGAUUUCAUGGAGUCUUGAUGGCUUUACGUCGUAUGCUCUCGAGAAUAUCACAAAUAUAAGGAAAAUCUUCAUACAGCAAUUGGUAAGUUUACAUUUAGAUGACUUCAAUAGUAUUGGGUGAAAAUGAGGCUAUAUUUUUGGAGUAAUUUAUCGAAUCCCGGAAGUGGUGAAUAAUAUCGCUGCAGGAAGAAAUUCGACAGCUACUUUAAUCUAUCGUUACUUGCGACAGCUCUUUUUCUUUCAGAAGUUGAAUAAUGUUGUACAUUAUUUACAAAAAAAUUUUUUGUCAACUCAGUCGCCGGUUUAUCUCGUCCUCGUAAUAAAAAGAAUGUUCCUCGUUUUAGCUGACUAAGAAGUUGGGGCACUUCAAUCCGCCUUUCAAAUUAUUUACGUCUUUUUGGGAGAAGAUAGCUUAGUUCUGCAAAUAACUAGUUCUCGGAUGUUUUGUGAGUUUACUUAGCAGUCUUAAGAUACGAAUAUUGAGGGAGUCGUAUAUGUUCGAGUUGGAAUUCGAGUUCGAGUUUGAGUUAGACUUCGAGUUACAAAAAAAAAUAAUUUAUCGUCUAAAGGUCUAGUAGGUACUAAUUAAGUAUACUCGCCUGACACAUCUGUGAAAAUAUUCGUCCAUUCAUUCGCUAUUUCCCACGUUUAUGGACAAAUCUUCGAGAUCGCCGACACUUAUUAUUUUGCUUUUUUUUAAAAUUUUAUUUGGACACGCGUGACGGAAAUCGCUACACAGUUAUAUGUAAUAGUUGACACAACCGCUACGCCCGCUGUGUAUAUUUUCGGUCAAUAGUAUUCUUGGUCGUUGUGUAGCUCUUUGAAAUAUACCGAUUGAUAAUGAAGAUUUUCACACAUAUUCUAUAUAAUAGGUGAGAUAAAAACAGAAAACGCAAGAUUCCAAACACUUAUUCAGUUGGAAGUUGGAAUGUUUCGCUAGUGAUAAGCUAGCCGUUGAUUCACUAGCCUUGCUUGUUUGUGGUCGGAGUCUUAUCCUCCCAAAAAGAGAGAAAGAGUGUCUGGCAAAUUAUUUCCAAUCAAAGAUUUGUGAACUCGUGUCUGGCAAACUCUCCAAUUGUAUAAACAGGUAUACGCACCUUAUAAUUUCAACUUCGCUUAACGAGUGUCUUUUGGUGCAUUACUUUCAAAACAGCUGCCCCACAGAAUGUCACUGAUAACACGUAACGCAAAAGAGUAUCGAUGACUGUGCAAUAAAUGUCACAAAAUCUACCUAAGUGGCCCCUUCGGGAUUUUCUCUUUUACGUCAUCAUUACUCAACGAUUCCAAGCGGCCGCUGUUACUUUAAUAGCAUAAAGUCUUCAACAUCAGCGGCACCCAACGAGAAUAUAAUUCAAAACUACUUAAACAUAGCAUUGUUAAACGUAUUUUAGUAUUUAAGCGGUAGAUAAGGGCAUAUUUUUAUCCCCUAAAAAUUUUUCAUCUGUUCGGAUUUCCUAGCUGGAAGUCUAAUGAUUCGAAAAUUAUAGAGAUCAAAACUUGCCUUUUCGAAAAUUUCAGCCAGGAAAAAGGCUCCCGAAAAUUGUAGGUGACCUUUUUAGGGCAAAAAUCCGUUAAAAAUGGGCAAUUAUACCUUUUUUUAGAUGUUCGAAAAUCCUAGGAGAGGCACACUAGCAAGAAAUUUUGCAAAAAAUGUUCAGAAACCUCUAGAUCUCAAAUCGUCUUCCGAACAGAUAUUUUCCGAAUAUUGUCGUUGGGUACCCCUGUCAACAUGCUUCAAGAUACAGCUUGAACGCUCUGAAUGCCGUAUCGUUUCAAAAGAAUGGCUUUUCCGUGAGCCGAUUCCGACCAAGAGGGUGACAACUGGUUUUAAACAACGUCUGUGUGCGGGCUAUAAUUACAUAUCUUGCUUGGAACUCGUGAAUUUGACUUUUCCGACAAUAUUUUAUCCAAGAAUUCAGCGCAGAUACAAAACUUUACGAAUUGGCAGUACUGAGGGGUAAACUUGGUAGACUGUAGUGUGUUAUGUAUUAAAAGGAAUUCGAAUAAGAACGCUUUUAUAAAAAGAUAUAAGGCGUUAAUUUCAGGGAUGACAGAUAUUGCGCAUUUUAACGAUUAUAUCUUGCUGGCAAACUUUAAAAUUGCAAAAUAUGUUCAAUAAAUGACUCACUAUAGGUUUUGACCGAUCAUUUAUUAACAGAAUCACAGAGUGCUGUCGUCUAUUCUUUACGCAAACUUAGACAAAAAAUCACGAUUUCUCAAAUUUUGUGCAACUGUGGCUCAAUAAAGCAUCGCUGUAAAGGGCGAUCUACCAAAUAAAAAUCAAUCUUCCUAAACUUCCAUCAUUGCUUAAUGUCUCUGUAAAAUGUUAUCGAAAUCGCCUCUAAAACAGCCGAGAUAUAAGCGUUUUAAACGAUUUAGCACAAGGAAAAUUUUGCAUUGGUUUAUGAACUUAAUCGUAGAUAGGUGUCCCCCGCGGCCUUAAGCGAAGGCGUUUUUGAGCGACCCACCUUAAUCGGAAUGAGUGGCAUUCCCUUGUUAUAUGCCUUGAAGCUACCAAAUUUGUAUUGCUAAAUGUGACUCUUAAGUCUCAUAUAGACGAUUUUCCCGAAAAUGUGGUCAAAAUCAAGUCCCAAGAAUGCAAAAAGUCCUUUUCCGGUCGACGUGCGUAGCUAAAAAACUUAUGUGUCCCUAAUGUGCCCGCUGAUGGACUCAAUUAUACCUUUCUAUACAUUUUGUAGAAACUUAACCAUCUAAAGCCGAUAAAAGUGCCAACAGCUUUCCUGAAUGGCGUCGCCCUCAUCAGGAAGCUCUCAGGAGCAGCGCCGGUGGCUAGUGGUAGGCAUUGCUCUUCACCAUGUCCUCACUCCAUGCCUCAGAGAUAAGAUCAGAGCUGAAAUGACUCCAUUCUACCAGCAUUUGGUGAGGAACUUUGGACUGGACAAACAAACGUACACAACCUUCAUGAAGAAUAUUCCACUAUCCACGGUGAACUUAAACUAUGAGAGUAUCAACAAUAACAGCAAUGCCCCGCACCGUAGUCAUUACGACUACUGUGUAAAAGAUGAGGUAUCUUUGGCCAAGCUGUUUAUGAAACCUUUCAUGGCAAAGUUUAAUGCGUUUGACAGUUCCUUUGACGCUUCAGCUGCCCUUGCAGUUCUCUGUGGAGCUUUGCCAUUCGCGUCGGUAAAAUCGAUUGCUGAAGACGUAAAGUCAAAAGUUCGUAACGAGUGGGCCCAUUGCGACUUCGCAAUUUGGACAAUGGGACAAUUUGACACUUGCUUUGACCUCAUGGAGGCUCUGGUAACAAACAUGGGAAUUCCUCCCACAGAUGAAGCGCGGAUUUUGGGUGAGCUUAGAUUGUGGAGAACACAAGGUACAAUAUUGGCUGCGCUGACUUAUCUCAUAGCCUUUCAUUGAUUUUCCAGUUCGCCCCUGCCAUCGACAUAUCAGUGGUUAUGUGAACAAAAAUAAUAAAUGAAUAGUAGCCAGAAUCAGGGGUUAUGUAAUAAACCGAAAAAUAAUUUAUUAAUGCUGCAUUAAAACAAUAAUGCAAAGCCAUGCAGUAAGGUUUUUUGGCCAUAUUGUAUGACUAAAAGCCUGGAGUAAUUCAUGAAUGAAGUAACCCAGUCACCACUUAUUUAUUCUCGCAAAGAAAUGGUGAAAGGAAAAUUGGUGCUCGCAAAGGCGCUUGGGAAGGAGGCUGAAAAGUACUUCGUGUUCUUCCUUCCUUUCCUCCUUGAUGCACCGCGAACACACUAAAUCUUUCUCAUUAAGCACAGCGUGAAUACAGAGAUCUGACUCUUUACGAGUGAAAGCUGUUUUGUAAUAAUUUGUUUUGUUAUUUUAAGAGAAAUUUUCCGCCUAGGAUUGUUCGGUUAUAACAAAAGUGCAUAAUUUUUCGCCAUCACUGUGUAACUAUUUGUUUUCAAUAACAUAAACAAACAUUAAACAAGUUCAUAUAAGUGUUCGAGCUGAAUGGCAGUCUCUGAGCCAGAACGUUUAAAACUCGAGCUCUGGUUAUUUGCGAAACAUUUAACCUCCUCUUGGUUUGAGUGGAUAGAAGCUCAAAUCCAAACAACGCUUGAAACUUCUUCAAAAGUUCUUGCCGUCGACUAUUGGAAACUUUGUUGAAAUGGAAUUAAGAGACGGAAAUCCGAGUUUCGUAGACACAACUGAACACGUCAUCUUAUAUACGCACGGCCGUGGGUUUUAUAUAGACUCAAUAGGACUCGCACUAUGUUAUAAUUCCCGUUUUUCUCUAGUUAAUACCUAAAAGCCAAUAUCACGUUACCAGAUUUGAAAGCUAAUGGUAGAUUUGGGUAAAGUAGUAAUGUUAUUAGCCAAUCUAGAAAUAAUAAAAAAAUUUUGGUGAAGGCCGUUUCCCAAGACCCCCCCUUCCCCUCCCCCCCCCCCCCCCCAACCACCACGCUGGUCUGAAAAGUGUUAAAAUUGUUUUAGCUCUCAAGUAAAUAUAAAAUAAAAUAAAGCAAAAACAGGCAGGUAACCAGCUGCUAGCUGCAUGACUAGCUCUGAGAGGUUUUAGCGUGCCUUAUUUGAAGUAUCACGUAAUGACUUGCCUGCAAUCUUUUCUCACAGGACAGGACAUUUGUCUUGGCAAGCCACUUGAUGACACACUUCUUCAACUCAUACACAAGGAAGUUCACCAACUUUCUGAGUCCUUGAAUAAUCAUAAAGAGCAAGAUAACCUUAUAAGCGUAACCCUUAAUCUACUUAAGUGUGAGUUUGACAGAGCCGUUGUGUCCCUUCAAGAUCAGCAAUUUGAUACAGAAAUCACUUGCAAAGAUCUAAAACAAAAGCAGGAAAUGAUUAUAGAAGGUGUGGAGAUGUGCUGGAAAACAUCGCAAAAACUGCAAAAUCUUUGUAAUCGUUUGGAGGCUAAAAGCGCGUUUAUGCAGCAAGAUUUAGAUUUGUUAACAACAACUGUGAAAAGCUUAUCACACUCAGGAGAGUUGAAUGCUACUGUCUUUGAUGCUCCAGAACAAACAAAGUGGUUUACGGGAAGAAAAAAAGAAAGUAAUAUCCUUGAAAAGUGCCUUCCAUUGAACGAACGCAAAGAAUUAAAGAUGGCAGCCAUAUGUGGUCUCGGAGGAUGUGGAAAGAGUACUUUAGCCAGUCACUUUGCUUGGAAGCGUAAGGAAGAAUACGAAGGAGGUGUAUUUUGGAUCUCCAUGGAGGACGACAGAAAGUUUGAAAAUUCUGUGAAUGACCUGGCUUUGCGUUUAGGCAUUGAAGCAAGUUCAUUUGAUUUCACGUUGUCCAAACUUCUGACGAGGAUCUCCAAGCAAGAGAAACCAUGGUUAAUGGUUCUUGAUGAUGUCGACCAACUAAACCUCUCUGAACAAAUGCACAUCAUCCUGUCUGGUCGAUGGAAAAGGCAAGCACGCGGCCACAUCCUACUUACAACAAGACGUGAAUCAAAGGAAGUGUAUAGUUCGGUGGAUCUUGAUCCAUCUUGCUGUGUUCAGGUUUUCUCCUUCUCAGAUGAGGAAGCCAAGAGUUUUCUUCUCGCCCGCUGUGGCGCCGCCACUACAGGAAAGGAGGUGGAGUUAGAUGAGCUGGUGCGUGAGCUUGGCUGUCUUCCUCUUGCGUUAGAACAAGCUGGUGCACACAUCAAAGCCCUUCAGUGCUCAAUCGCGGAUUAUCUUGAAGCGUACAAAAUUCAGCGACUACAACUGUUAAGUGAGCACCCGCGUGAAAAACCUUCCUGGGAGUAUGAGUCUAAAAACCGCUUGGCAGUGCACACCACGUGGCUUUUAAACUUUGAGUACGUUAAAAAAUCACCGCAGGGAGAAUUGGCAUCCAGAUUUUUACAAGCCUCAGCAUUUUUUGCCCCCAAUGAAAUUCAGGAAGAUUUAAUUAACUUUGAGGUGCUCUCAACUGAUAAAAUUUGUAACAUUCCUUUAAUGAAAAAUCAGGUCGUAGACAUUUUGACCAAGUUUUCACUUUUUCAAAGAAGGAGCUGCAAGUCCCUUGGAUUACACCGUCUGGUGCAGGAGGUCAUGCGAAACAAAAUGAGUAUUCAAGAAACUGUCACAUCGAUGCUCACAGCGGUAAAACUUCUUUAUCAUUCCUUUAAAGAUUGCCCUUCACCGGACGAGGUGCUUUUUUAUAUCACGUCAAGUGAACAAGAACAACCGUCUGCGUUCUUAACAAACAAAUCUCGAUUCUUUUUGUGGUCCAUUCUAACAGCGCAUGCUUCUGAGCUGCAGCACCAUGUUAAAACAUUGCUUUAUCAGCAGGACAUCGAAAGAGAAGUCAAAGCAGCCGUUUUCACGCAUGAGACGUCUCGUGUCAUUUAUGAAAAUGCCGUUCAUUUAAGUGCUCAUGGACAUCAGGCGGAGGCCAAGGAAAGCGAACAAUUUGCCUUUAGUGUUUUUGAUUCUUGUCCUAGUGCUAAGAGGCCAAUUUCUGGCAAUGACUUGACGGAACUAUUUCCACUUACUGUUCCUCUUCCUCAAGUGAUUCAAAAAACUGUUUUGUAUUCAUCUGGACCACCGAUUGAGGGCGUAAAGCUGGCAGGAGAGGGUAGUGAACAAAACGAAUCUAUAGAUGAACUUCGUUUGCAAGGGAACGCGCUAUUUAAAACAGGCUGUUUCAAAGAAGCCGCCGAAGCAUACACAGAAGCUCUGGAAGCAACUGGGAGAGGAAAGCGGCCAGAUCCGCGCCUUCUAAAUAAUCGGGCAACUGCUUAUCUUAAACUAGGAAACUUUCAAAGAUGUCUUCAAGAUUCUGAGGAGUAUAUCAAGAUUCUGCCCUCCUGCUGGAAAGGAUACACAAGAAAAGCUUUGGCGCUCAAUGGGCUUGGACUGCUUUCUUCCUCUUUAUGUUCUGCAGCCAUUGCGUUCUACCACAACGCCCCCUGUUGCCGUCAUUACAAGGCAUUUGCAGACACGUUUAAAGACUUGGAUGGUAAGUGGGAGGUUGUUGACUCUUCUCUUAGUCUGCAACGCUCCUUAAUAACGAACCAGAACAAAUGUCUGCAGGGGAGAAUUAUCCUUUUGCGACCUGGACAGUACAAUUUAAGGGACAUCAGUGCCAUUAGGGACACCACAAUAGCUGCUCUUGAGAAUAAUGCAGAUGUUACUUUAAUCUGCAAAGAACCUGUUUUGUGCGGAAAGUGCUGUUUCCAAAACAUCGUCUUUUCUGUAAAGACAACCGUUACGGUUAACGCAGAUGCAAGUGUGGAAUUCCGCAAGUGUAGUUUUCGAAACCUCACAUCACAAGCAAUGGUGUUAUCGGUUUUUAAUGGCUCUGCAACUUUCUUGGAAUGCAAUGUCAGAGACAGUAGAGGAACGGGAAUAUUCGUGCAAGGACCUAACUCGUCAGCUACAUUGGUAAAAUGUGAGAUCAGUGGAAACGGAAGAAAAGACAAAGCGUUUGCCUAUGGAAUAAGAGUGUUUAAGGAGGGGCGUCUCUUCGUUCAUGAAUGUCGCAUCUACGGCAAUGUUAGAGGAAUUUGGAUCGAUGAAGGUAUAAUGGGCAUUCCCGCAAAGGGCGCUGUAAUCACAGACUGCGAGAUUUUUGACAAUAAAUACGAAGGCAUUGUUGUAGGUGGCUGUCCAUGGUUUCCACAUGAAUUUACCAACGUCAUUAUGCGUGGAAACAAGAUUUAUCACAAUGGUACAUUUGGUGUCCGCGCGACCUUUAACAUUAAUAGCAUUCUUUUUGAAGCCAAUACCGUUUUCGAAAACCUUUGGUGGGGUGUUUAUGUGCACAACAACUCCGGCGGUGUUUAUAAAGACAAUGAGAUAUGUAACAACAGGAUGGGUGGUAUUAGGGUCGGCUACCAAAGUCCAGGAAAACCACCCUGUGUCGUGAUAAACAACUUUAUCCACGACAAUUGCGGGCCAGCAUUUUACGAAGGUCUUCGGCCGUCCGAAGGUGAUUCAUACCCAAAGGAACUACAAAGGUUUUUUAUGGAAAUACCACCAGACGCUGAAGGAAUUUUUUUAUCGCGGAAGGUUUCUUUUCCAAAUAAGGUAUUGGCAGAGUUUAGUCCAAGUUCCAAUCGUUGUGUCCAAAAUGACUAUGGGGAUAAACGGUUAAAGGCUUCCAUUAAGAUGCACUGCGUCUUUUGCUUUCAACGUCACUCUACCUUGAAAUUCUGCAAAAGAUGUAUGACGGCAGCGUAUUGUGGCAAAAAAUGUCAAAAGCUGCACUGGCAAAAGCACCAGUACACGUGCACAGCUACUGGACAAAGGAACACUAUCGAGGUGACUUUUCGAGAGUCUAUUCCUGGUAUCAGUUUCAGGAAAACCCACCCUAGUUUGAAACCAAGUGGUCCAGAUUAUUUUCCUCCUCCCCCAAGAGAUGGAAGUCGCUUUAUUGUGAAAAUACAAACCUUUGAAGCAAAUGAGUUUUCAGGCGUAAUAGAUAUGAGAGGGUUUCUCAGUGAUGCGCAAGACCCAGAAAAAGCUAUCAUGUUACUUUAUGAUCGAAGCCGCCAUGUCAGCCUUAAAUUCAGCGGUAAACCACAACUGUUUCAUUUAAUAAUGCAAUGCGGGAUGAUGGGGAGGAGUAUGUCUCUCACGAAAAAAUUGUACUGUUGGGCGGCAUUCAAGGAUGCCACGACGCUUCGAAUUUUUACUCACGAAUUCCCCGAAGUGCAAGCUUGGUAG